AUGUGGUUGCGAAACAUAUUGAUUGGAGACAGAUAUACAACUGAAUGGGGAUCGUUACCUGCAAUUCCGCAGGCUAGUAUGACCGCAAAGCCAGUCGUACGAAAACUCCGUCGCUUCUCUGUUUCGCCAUCUUCUUCAACGUUCGACAUUUCAAAACCCAACACAUCUAGUGCUCCAGUUCAAGAAAGCCUCCUUCGCCCGAAAACCUUAUCUAUAGGAACACCUGGAACAAAUGAGUCGAGUGAAGCCCCACACUCGGCCCCAGUUAUGAAGAGUUCUGAUUCAGUGAAUUCCUGGCCGACCUCUACAACAACCGCAAGUGAUAGUAAGAGCGAAACUAUGGAAGGUGGCUGUUCUACGAAUCAGUCUAGCGCAGCUCACGCCGAUAUCAAGUGCAGUCAAGAUUCAUCCCAUGCUUCUGCAGCAGACUCGGAGAAACCAUACUGUCCAAAUUCGGGUACCAAUAUUAGUACUGAAGAAGCAAAUAUGAACGAGGAUUCGCAACAAAAUUCUCUACACUGCCAAGUUCCUUCAGAGAGUCUAAUGAGGGAUGUGCGCAUCGUGAUUGCUGAUCUCGUCAAUUACGUGGUUUAUGAGGAAACGUCGCGAAUCGAGCGUAAGCGUUCACUUUUGUUACAAACCACAUCAUUUACGGCUGGAGAGCUCAUUUCUGUUAGGAGUGGCACUCCAGAAGAGACCACUCCAUCUAAGAGCUCUACUACACCCUCCAGAAUGGUGAAUAUUGCUGAAGAGGUGGCGGAAGAGUCGGAACAACUGGCUGUGUCUAGCGUUGUUCGUGGCAUGGUGCGAGAAGUCCUGCGACGAGAGAAGGAGGAGCUACGAAAUACUUUGGAUAGGCGACGGAAGCGUUCCAGUGUUACCCCUUCUAAUACCCCUGUGUAG